AUGUCUACAACUACCACUUCACCUACUCCACAAUCUCCACAACUAUUAACAAAGAGUGGGUUAUUUCUAGACUCUGAAGUAUCAUUUACAGGUAGUACUAUUAGUAUAGGUCAAGAUCAGCAUGAAUUGACUGCUUCAUUAACAACUACACCAGAUCAUAGUAAUAUUAGUAUUAGCCAACAACAACAACAUGAUAUUACAAUUGACAAGGUAUUAGAGAUGAUCUAUGCCAUCGCUGAUAUUGGGUCACCUUCAAUCAAAAUUUAUCUAUUUAGAUUAAAUAAAUAUUUACAGGAUCAACAAGUAUUAACAUUAUUUGUUGAAAGAAAUGGUAUUGAUCAAUUGGAAAAAUGUAUAAAGGAAUUAAGGGGAAAUGCACUUACCUAUGCAUACUCUUGUUUGAGAACGAUGUCUUUAAAUGCCAAUACAUUAAAAUCAUUUCCAACUCGUAUCAUUGAUGUCAUUAUACAAAGAUUUUCAAUUGAUGAUACAUUAAAAGAAAAUACAUUAAAAUCAAUGUUAAUGAUUAUAAAGAGAUGUUUGGGAGAAUUUCAAGAUAAAACAUUUAAAGCGAUUGGAGUGAUAAACAAGGAGAACAAAGUAUUGGCUAAACUAGUUAAAUUGUUAAAGUCUACCGAUGUCGAUCUACAAGUAAAUACUAUAUCGCUCAUCAAUGCAAUCAUGUCAAGUGCAUCGGAUGCACAACAUUUGGAUACAAUGCUUGGAUGUUUUGAGUAUUUGGAUAUCUUUGUAGCUCUUAAAAAAUUAAAUCAUGGUGUACUUGGUUCUCAAAAAGAUGGUUUAUUAUCAUACCAAAAAUCAAUUAUGAGAUCAAUUAAUCACCAAAGAUUAACAUUAUUUGAAAAGGAUCCAACAUCUUUUAUUAAUAUGUAUAAUAGAUAUAAACAAUCAUUGUUACCACCUGGUCAUUCAACUGAAGAAUGGAAACAUUUAGGGUUCCAUACUGAAGAACCUUAUCAAGAAUUUAAAACAGUUGGUAUUUUAGGUUUAACUAAUUUAUUAUACUUUUUUGAUACUUAUCCUUCUAUUAUCAAAAAAAUAUAUACAGCCAAUCAAAAGAGACGUGAUAAUCAAUGUUACCCAUUCUCUGCUAUUGCAAUCACUCUAACUCAUUUGGUUAAUCAAUCACUUUUAAUUGGUGAAGAUCCAAAGAAUUUAAAAUUUGUACCAUUACUAUUCUCUCAUUAUCAUGCAGUUCAAGAAUUAUUUUGUUUUAUUUUUCAAGUGUUUGAGAAUUCAUGGUUGGAUGUAAACGCUGAUAUUAACAAAAUAUUGGCACUUGUAAAAAAACAAUUAACCAAUGUAUUGGAUACCAAGAAAACAAUAUUCGAUGCAAUGAAUAUGUUGACUCAAAGAAAUAGAGAUAUUUCAUUACUAGAACAACCAGUAAUGAUGACAAAAUCUCCAGAUAUGAUUGUCAACAAUACUAGUAUGAAUAAUUUAGGUCAAAGUAUUCCAACUACCGCCGCCUCUUCUAUGGCCCUCAGUCAAAAAGAUGUAAAUGACUCAAUUGGAUCAAUUAGUAAAUUGAAUCAUACCGAUAUUUAUAAAUCAAUCAAUCAAAUAGUUAAAAAUAAUAUUAUUGAAUCAUUUAAAAAUAACAAAACAAAUAUAUUAUUAAAAGGAUUAUUUUUCAAGGUUGAAAAAAAUUAUAAACUUAAAGGAGGAGUAUCUGGAGGUUCAUUUAUAUUUAUUAGAUUAUCAAAUGAUCUUAAACAAUUUAGUUAUACAUUUACAAAUGAUACUCUUACAGUUCCAACAAAAGAUUUUAUUGGUACUAUGAAUCUACAAGAUAUUCAAAUUUCAACAAAUAUAUCAAAUUUGGUUGAAUCUUCACCAUCACAGUCAUCGAAUCAACCAUCAAGAAAGAACAAAGGAAAGGUUGACAAUUCAUCAACACUUUUAUAUUUAUCAAAUGUUGAAAAAGAAUCUGAUUCUUCAACAUGGUUGGAAUUAAGUUCUACUUCAAGAGAGUCAUUGGUUGAUUUGGUAGAUGGACAUAAAGUUUUAAAUCGACAGUCUUUGGUUUGUUCAGAGUCAAUUGAAGAGUUGGCAGCACUAGAAGAAAUUGAAAUGAAAGUCAAUAUGUUGGACUUUGUUGGAGUCGAUAGCUUCAUAAGUGACACUGCACCACCCAUUCCAACCCUACCAAGUGAUUUUGAUUUCUUUGAAUUGAAAUUAAAAGAUUAUCAUAGUCAAUUUACCAACCAUGGUAAACAAUCCUCUUCCAUCAACAAUAACAACAACAACAACAACAAUACUUCUGCUGCAACAACUACCACUAGAAAGAAAUUGGUUCAUAGAUCAGUUCGUCAAUCAAUGUAUUUAAUGCAAGGUAUUAAAGAUGAAAUUCAACAAGAAUGA